AUGCCAACGCCCUACGAGCUCGACCGCGCGAGAAGGAUUGCCGCUAACAAGGCCCUUCUUAAGGGUCUUCGCAUCAAGGAAGUCAAGAGGCAAGCUCUCGGUGGCAAGCCUAGCAAGACUGUAGACACCGAUGACGAGGACACGUCUCUCGGCGCAUGGAUAGUGCUCGAGUACGUCCCCACGUCUGGCCGGAGCAGAGGAACCCCCCGCAGGCUCUUGGUCCCGCGCUUCACUGACUACGAUGCGAUGCUGGCUCACGCCCAAGGCAAGAUAUCCGCGCUCGGAGAUGUACCCGUGCACAAGCUCGCGCUCAGGUCGAGGUCGUUACCCGGGCAUGAACGCGAGGUGGUGGAGAUUGGGGAGGACGCGUAUACGAAGGCUAUUGCGUGGGUGGAGAAUAUUGAGGUGUUUGUGCUUGAGGAUGAUGCUUGA